CAGCCUCCAUGCUGCGAGCAGGGAGGAUGGAGGAGUUUGUCACAGAGGAAGAGGAGCCGUGGUACGACCAGAGGGACCUGGAGCAAGACCUGCACUUGGCAGCCGAGCUCGGCAAGACCCUUCUGGAACGCAACAAGGAGCUGGAGGACUCGCUACAACAGAUGUACAUCAACAAUGAGGAGCAAGUGCAAGAGAUAGAGUACCUGUCCAAGCAGUUGGAGAUGUUGAGGGAGAUGAACGAGCAGCAUGCUAAGGUGUAUGAACAGCUGGAUGUCACUGCCAGAGAGCUGGAGAUCACCAACGAGAAACUGGUGCUGGAGAGCAAGACCUCGCUGCAGAAAAUAGACAGGUUGACGGGCACCAUGGAGACCUUGCAGGGUCAGGUGGACAGCCUGACAGCUCGGGUGGAGGAGCUGAAGACGCUGGAGGAGCUGAGGGUCCGCAGAGAGAAGACGGAACGGCGCAAGACUGUUCACUCCUUCCCCUGCCUCCUGGAGCUCUGCACCGCACCGAGGUAUGAAGAUGGCUUCCUGUUGGCCAAUCCGGGCAGCGUGGACCUGGCAGAGACGCGACCAUUGGACGAGGAGAACGAGCGGCUGAGAGACAUCGUGUCCACGCUGCGGUCGGCGGUGUCCUCGGAGCGGUCCGAGCGGGAGGGCGCGGAGCAGGAGUGUGCCGCUGUGCUGCAGGAGUUCGAGCGCCUGGAACAGCGCCUCCUAGGGGCCGAGGGCUGCCAGCUGCGGGUUCAAGAGCUGGAGGCGGAGCUCCAGGAGAUGCAGCAGCUGAGGAAGUCCAGGCUGUGUCUGAUUGGAGGCAUGGAAGACGGCCUGGAGACGCUGCUCAGCAACGGCCCCGAGACAGACACCCCAGAGGAGGGCCUGGAGGAGGGAGGUGAAGGAGCCUCUGGAGAGCAGGGUGCCACAGGGCAGCAGGGAGGCCCGGUGAGGAAGAGCUGCAGCGACACGGCUCUGAACGCCAUCUCGGCCCGCGACGCCUCCGGCAGGCGCCAGGGCAGCUACGCCAUCCACGCAAACGGCGUGCGUAAACGUGGCAUGUCCAUCCUGCGGGAGGUGGACGAGCAGUACCACGCCCUGCUGGAGAAGUACGAGGGGCUGCUGGGGAAGUGUCGGCGGCACGAGGAGAGCUUGUGCCACGCCGGGGUGCAGACCUCGAGGCCGGUCUCCAGAGACCCCUCCAUGAAGGAGUACAGCUUGGUCUGCGAGGGGCCUUCCACGUCGGGGGCCGCCGCCAUCGCCGGCCCUCCCACACCCCCUCAAACUCCCUCCACCCCAGAAGCUCUGGAGGGGAUCAGCAGGCAGGUGGAGCAGGUGGACAAGCGUCUGAGCCAGAACACGCCGGAGUACAAGGCCCUGUUCAAAGAGAUCUUCUCCCGCUUGCAGAAGACCAAGAGAGAUUUGAACUCCACCAAGAGCAAGAAGGGCAACAAAUGAGCAGCGGCUACCGAUUCUACACGCACUGAAAACAGAUUCAUUUCAUUUACCUCAACUUUUUGAAGACUUCUCGUCUUACA